CUCUUCAACAUUCGACACGGACCCGGGGCAGCCACCUUCCUUCCUCAUCCAGCUCCACAGGUCACACAACUCGAUAUAUGGAUACCCGAGCAAAAGAAGGCCUUUUCGCCCGGGACAAGAGAUCAGGUAUAUGGCGCGUGGGAGUUUGUGCGGCAUAAUUUGCCGCGUAUAAAAUACCAUAACCCAUCCGUGCCAAUCCGCGUACAGAGCGCCGACUCUCCAAGCCUCAGUCUAACUUUCGAGAGCGAGAAUCAGGCUUCGUUACGGUCACUCGACCAAAAAGGUUCGGGGGACAAACCAAAGUCCGCCAUUUUCAAAACUUCUUGGUCGAUUGUGGAAUCUAUACCCCAACCCCUGCAGGAUGGUUCAUCAUCAGCCCCCCCGGAACCAAUUUUCCGAAGGCAAGUCAAGGUUGAUCUCUCUGAGAAGGAAGCCAAACAUAUCUGGAAACAUAUUGAAUUCAUCACGAAGUGUGAAGAAGCGCCAGAGCCGACUGAAGAGGAAAAGACGAUGAUGCAAAAGCUGAAUAACUUCAAGAGUCAGUCCGAAAAGGAUCGAAGAUUAGUGAAAGCCGGUAUGGAUAAGAUCUUUAAAGAGAAGGAAGAGCUUCGGAAGGCAAGAGAAGCAGCCGAAAGGUUGACUUCUGAGUAG